CUGGAGGAACAGCCCAGCUACCAUCGAGUUGGAACCUCCCUACUCCAGAGGACCCUCCACCAUCUGAAUGUGGUGGUGCUGUACAGCCGAGCCAGUGGGAAGACACUGAGGAUCAAUGACGACAAGACUAUCGAGGGACGUGGGGCUGAGGGAGCUCUUGCUCAGUUUAUCGUACAUGUGCGGGCUCCUGGAGUUGUGGUGUUCCAGCAUGCAAAGCAGGCCAACCUCUAUCUCAGUGCCACGGAGUACCAGCUGACCUUCACCGGAGGAAACUCGGAGUGCCACUUCAAGGUCAAGGAAAGAGACAACCACCUUGUGUUUGCGUCAGAGGAACACCCAGGGAAGCACAUUGGUAUCCUGCCAGGAGGAGAGGUGAAGCCUCCUGGCUCCACUGGAGAUGGAGAACACGGGCAGUUCUUCCCCAAGCAUUGGGCUGCAGGACUCCUUCACGACUUGGAGUGCCACACGGACCUGGUGACCUGCUGCAAUAAUGUCGCAGGAGAAGACCGCGGAAACUGGUACUAUCCCAAUGGAACUCGUCUGUCAUUCAGCGGGAAUGCAGUCAACUUUCUACGUCGGAGCCAGAGAGUCGACCUCUCUCGCAACGGGGGCGCGGUGAGCUCGGUCGCCAACGGGAUCUAUCGGUGCACGAUUGAAACGAACGCGGCUCGGUCAGACAACAGCAACGAUACUACAACAGGAGAGGUAGUCUACGUGGGAAUCUACACCAGUGGCGCUCCAGACCCACCUUCCAACCUGCAGGUCAUACAGAAUGGAAUGGCUAGCGUGCUGGCCUCUUGGACUCCAUCGAGUGGCGGCGAUCCUUCUCUCACCACUGGCUAUACUAUCAGAUUGGCUCCACUCCAAGAAAACAGAGCUACAGUGACCGCUACAGCUGCUUCAACUGAAACGAGUAUCACCAUAUUCGGUCUUACAUUAGGAGCUACCUACUCUGUCACAAUUGUGGCCAAUUCCAAUACACUCUCCAGUAACGUCACUGGCCCCGAGAACGUCACUAUAGAGACUGUGGAAGUGAUGGUAUCGGUUGCCCCUUCAACUCCGGUCAUGAUUGGGGAUACUGCCACUCUCAGUUGCUCAGCUGUCCUCCCUAAUGGGGUGGUGGGACCCCCGUCUUUCCAGUGGGACGGGCCAGACGAUACUGCUGCGGGGAGUACCCUAGUCAUUAGUGCAAUAGAGCUUGGUCAAGCUGGUCGAUACACCUGUACUGUGGUUAUCAGCUUCUUCAACAUCAGUGAGAGUACUAAUAUCAUCGUUCAAGUUGAAGCUCCACAACCAACGAUUGAAGGAAGUCGCGGUGGUUCUCUCUAUGAGGGAACAGCCUACAACCUUACCUGUGCCCACCAGCUGGACAACAGAGCUAUCAAUAGUAGUACAGUAGAAUGGACUGUGAAUGGUGGGACGGUCGAUACCACUCAAACUCGCAUUGCUACAUCGGACGACCGUCUGGCAUUUAGUCCCCUUGCCACUUCAGAUAGUGGGAGUUACGCCUGUUUGCUAACACUGACAGCACAAGAGUAUGUUGUCAUUCUGAACUCACAGCAACAACCGAACCUGUUGAAGUCAUGGUCGAAGGUCUUCUGUCACCGCAGGGGACAGUCUCACCACUGGCAUCGGGACUACCUCUCUCACAAUCUGACGGUUGACAAGACCUCAACUGCUGGGGUCUAUACCUGUGUGUUGACAAUUGAUGUCCCGGCUAUCAGUCUCUUAGUCACUGGGGAAAGUCAGACUACCCUCACUGUACAGAUGCCUCAGCCUAGUAUUGUCAUUAACCUCAAUCGUCCUGGGACUCUGUACGCCGGCAGUAAUCUCACACUCUCGUGUGUGGUGACCCUUGACCCUGCCGUGGUGGACACACCCGCUGAUGUCGUCAUUGUAUGGAACGGUCCGAGGACCAUUCCAGGGGAAUGGUACACAGUUUCAGACACAGCCACAGACAACUUGCAGGUUUCAAGCCACCUAUCCAUCACUCCACUGGCAAAUGACCGGGACAAUGGAGAAUAUGUCUGCUCUGCUACAGUCAGUACAGCUAGUGACUACAUUCUUGGAACAGGAGGGAGCAACUCUACCACACUUGAAAUCACCAGCCCACCUCCACUGACUGUGAAUAUUGAAACGUCGGGACUACUUCUGACUGGACAGAGCUACACGUUUGAGUGCACAGCUAAUGUAGUAGAGGACCUGAUCUCUUCACUUGAUCUAGAGCUACUGGCACCAAAUGGAAUGUCUCUUGCCAGUGUUACAUCCCCUGAUUCCAACACUCUCCUAUAUUCCCUGUCCUCAUUGGAUACAUCUCAUGGAGGAGAGUACAAGUGUAGAGCUGUUUUGGUGAUACCUGGCUCUGGUAUUGACAGCAGUACAACUGCCACCAAAUCCAUCACUGUUGUAGAUGCCUAUCCAGUGGAAGAUGUUGCUGUUGCCUUCAGCAGUAGCUCUGCACUGGAGUUGACAUGGGGGCCACCUCAGCUUGGUGCUAACCUAACCAUUGCCUUUGUCCUCACCUGUACCCCUCUCCUGGAGGGAAUCCCCGUGCCCGAGCCAGUGAGGACGUCCUCGGGAGAUGAAAUGACUCUGUCGCUCGCCGAGCUCUACCCUGGAGUGUCGUACAACUGCAGCGUGGUCACUGUUACUGCCAAGGGUCAGUCACAGCCAGUCAGCAAAGUACAGGCAACAGAGGAGAUCGCUCCCAUGGGGCCUCCUCUGUCACUGGAAGUUAUCGUUGGGGCCACUGACGUCACAUUCACGUGGUCCCUCCCACUAGUCACCCUUCGUAAUGGGGAGAUUACAGGGUUUACCCUCUCCUGCUUCUCUGGAGGUGCUCUGAUGCUGCGACAGAGUUUCAGUGCCCCGGGAACUCACAAAGUCCAAGGAUUCUUGUCUGCCACUGCAUACAAUUGCUCCGUGGUGGCAGUAAACAGCAAGGGUGACGGUCCGCCUACCACCUUGCUACUCAAAACACAAACUUCCCCAACCAGUUCAGGUGGUUUAGAUGUGAUUCUAGUUGCAGCCGUCAUUGUUGCGGUUGUCUUCAUCGUCUCUGUGGUGGUGAUAUUGGUGGUGCUGGCAGUUUUCAUUGCAAGAAGACGAGGUCGCAAGUACAGCCUCAACAGAGCAGCUAGGCCCAACUCUUACAUCACGAGGACUGCAGACAGCUGUUCGGCGACCGUCACAGCCAAUCCAAACACAGAGGGGGACUACUCUGUCAUUAAAGCAGGGGGAGAGGGUGGGGCUACAGCUCCACCCGAGUACGAGAUGAUUCGGACCUACAGCCAGCUUCCACCGGGGAAGAGACCAGCACCAGAGUACCUCCAUGGCACCAUCGACCUAACAGUUAACCAACACGCGGAAUCAGACAUUGACGAACAGCGAAUGAUCAUAAAAGGUGGCAUUGUCCCGAAUCCACAGUAUGCGAUGCUACCUGCAGAGAUAAACGGUAACGGAGCUGCUGCAAUGACCGAUCUCUCCAUGCAGAGUCCUCAGUACGAGAUGAUAGAAAACUACAGCCGCGUCGGUAAGAGUGAGAACAUGUACGAGGUGCCCAAGUCGGUGCCCGAGGUGACACCAAAACCUGGACCUGUUCAGCAGUAUUGUGUGCCCCAGUCUCGCCACAAUACAAUCAGUCAGCCAAGCGGUACAAGAACCAGGGAAGAUGUGCUCUCAUCCUAUUCAGUGCCACGCAGUCGGAAUUACACAGUAACGCAAGGAGUCGGCCCACAAAACCUCUACAAUGUUCCUCGGAGCCACCAGAACACUGGGACUAUACAACAACUACCUCUGCCUACAGCCCCAGCAGCUCCUACUAAUCCAUAUGAUCGACUAGACACCGCAGCAAACACUAGACACAAACAAAAUUCAGACAGCAAUAAACAAAUAUGAUCAUAAUACCUAUCACAUUAGAACUCUCAAUUAUAUAGCUACCUUUUCAUUUUUUUAACUUUUUAUGCUCACAAUUUACAGCAACUACUAUAUCACAUGGGCAUGUAAAAUUCUUAUUUUUUUAUCCAAUGUCAGGGGUGUCUACAAGUGACACAAAGCAAUUGUUGUAAGGUGGAAUGCAGGGAGAGUGGUCGAUCUCAAAGAGAAUGAGUUCGUUUAGCUCUGUGUUGGAGCGAAGGAAGGCUCCUGGGACAUAGAGCGUCUUCUGUGGUCCCUUCACAGGCCAGUAGCGACCCAGACUGUAGCCGUUGACAAACGCAACUCCCUUGCUCCAGCCAGAGACAUUCAGGUAGGUAGAGUAGGCUUGGCCGUCGAAUCGAAACGUUCCACGGUAGAAAACGGUCGAGUUUGGCAUUCUUACCGUCUCGUUGAGCUGCUGAAACGGUAUGAGAGUACUGUUGUCCAGUGGAACUGCUUUGGAUACCCACUGAGUGAGGGCUUGCCCAUCAAUACCCACGGACCCCAGAAUCCCCUUGCUAUCAUUCAGGAGACUGCCAUAGUUUAUCCUUCCCAUGUUCUCCACCACUAUGUCCAAGUCAACGGCACCGCUAGGGAUAUCGAUGGUCAAACUAACGUCUGAUUUAACAGGGUCUCCCCUCAUUCCCGUCCCCUUCAAGACUCCGUCAAUGUAGACAGAUGCGCGAUCUUUGAGUCCUGAUAUGGUCAUAGAACUUGAAGAUCGUCCAGUUAGCUCAGACGGCAGCUUAGUGCUAUAGAUCAUGAAACCAAAACUUUGUCCAAGCAUUUCCAUACUAACUGGCGUGUCAGAAGACACCUGGUUCGCUACGAGCUGUGGGGAGUCGAAAAGGCCCACAGCUGCUGUCAUGUACACUUUACCAUAGGCUCCCUUGGGCUCCACAAGUGGCGUAUAGGGCACUGUACCGGUAUAAGAGCUUAUGACUUGGCUGACGAGUGUGUAUUUUUCCCAUGGAUCCCCUGCCUCUGUGAGAGGAGCAUUGUAGUCAUAGCUGGUGGGUUGAGGCUGGUACGUGCUCCCGAGCAUUUGCACCAGUUCCAAAACGCAAAGUUGGUCCCAGCCUUCAAACAUGUACAUGUUGACCGAGGCGUUUAGUUUGAGGAUGAGAUAGAGAGAGUCUGCCACCGCCUUUGAGCUCUUUGUCUGAUGCGGCUGACCCCAGUGGUCCAACCACCCUGUGUAGAACUCUGAGUUCACCAGAGGGCCCUUCGGUUCGUAGUCUCGCUGGCUCUUGAAGUUUGCCGCCGGGUCUACCGUUACUCCAAAGUCAACAGUGGCAUACAGGUAAGGUGUGAGAGUACCGCACUUGAGGUAUCCAUCGCUGUCUCCGUCUGUGGUAAAAAGCACGACGUCAUCUCCCAGCAAGUAUCGGAAGAGAACGUACAAGUGUUCCAUGUACUUUUUAUCGCAGGCAUAGUAGCUCCCGUAUUCAUUUUCAACCUGAACUGUUAUCACAGGGCCGUUGUUGGAAUAUAGAUGUGACUUCACUAUGGGUAGUAGUUGAGUCAUCCACUUGUCUACGUAGUCGAGGUAGACAGUGUCGGAGCUGCGCAGGGCUAUGUCUUUGUGCGUGAGGAGCCAGGCAGGCAGGCCACCCAUAUCCCACUCUGCACAUAUGUAUGGACCUGCUCGUACUAUGACGAGAAGACCAACGUCCUGGGCCGUCUGCAAGAAGUAGCUGAGGUUUCUGUCUCCAGAGAAGUCGAAGACGCCCGGCCGUGGCUCGUGGAAGUUCCAGGGGACGUAUGUCUGGACUGUGUUGAGGCCACAGUCCUUCAUUUUCUGGAGUCUGUCUCUCCAGUAGGCUGAAGGCACCCGCGCAUAGUGCAUGCUGCCUGAUAUGUACCUGAAAGGUUGGCCAUCUUUCAAGAACGUGUCAUGGUCAUAGUCAAUUGUGAACUGACGACCGACGACGCAGCUUACAGCCAGCAGCAGAACUAAAGUCACCACCUUCAUUGCCAUUGCAAGAGAG